UAAUUAACAGCUGGCCCAAGCACCUUCCAGAAGCCCCCCAGCUUUAUAUACUUCUUCCUCGCUUGGUCUCCUCCGGUCUCCCCGAGUCACCAUUCCGAACCAAAGCGAGCCCCCGCGCCACCUCUCUCCUGCUGCCGUUGCGGCAUUUCCCCGAACACUUCGCGCGCGCCCACCCUACCGUCGCUUCCUCCUCGUCGCUGGAUUCCUCGAGAACAUUCUCUGCACGCGCACGCUCCACGCUCCGCGAUGGUCAUACCCGCCGCCGCUGGGGCUGGGGCUGGCGCUGGAGCCACCCUGCGCAAGGAGGCGGAGGCGGCGGUGAUGCUCUUCCGCGACGGCCGCCACGAAGAGGCGCUCGCGCGCGUCGACGAGCUCGCGGCCGCGCACACGGGAUCUUCCCUCGUGCUCUACACCGCGGGUCUCCUCCACCAUGACCACGCUAGGCGCGCUAAGGGGGUGGCCGAUAAGGAGGUCGCGGCGCACCACUUCACCAACGCGGAGGUUUACCUCACCGAGGCCAGGCGGCUCGUCCCUAACUGCAUCGAUAUCUCCGCCCCCCUGGCCAAGGUUCUGUUCGAUGCGUCGAAGCACGACGACGGGGAGGCCGAGAUCCUCCGAGCCGUCGGAAUCCCCUUCCCCGUCGACCCUGCUGAGAACAACGUCAUGUACGACGAGGACACGUGCGCGAGCACCACCAAGGACCAGCGAGUGGAGAAUUCAAGGGAAACGGCUCUCACGGCCUACCAAGCUAUGCGGGAAUGGAUGUGCAAUAACCAUGUCCCCCUCGUCGUCCGCAAGGUACUCGAGGUCGAGCUCGACCCCGACGACCGCAAGGGGGCGGCACAGGCGCUCAGGACGGCAAAUGACCUCGCGAAGCGUUGCCAUUACUCGUCGCGCGCGCAGUUGUUCCGCGCAUACAUGAAGCUCAAUUUCGCGCGCGGCCUUGACACGACCAUGCACAGGAGGCCCUUUCUGGAUCGCAUCCGCGGCGACAUGACCGAAGCGGUAAACCUCUUCAAUCGCUCGUUCGUGCUCAGCAUAUUCCGUGCCAAGCUCUGUUUCGUCCUGGGUUUCUAUGACGAUGCGUACCUUGAGUGCGGGCGGGCGUUUACUAUAAAGAAGGCUGUUGACCCCAAGUUCGAGGACGUGCCUCCUGGAUCUGUCAUUGGCCAAGAGCGUGCUGAUAGGUUACUUUCUAUCGACAAAGAAUUCGGAAGACUAAUCAAGAGACUCUUGUGGGUGGCCAAGGUUUGCUGGGACCUCCAUGACAAGCGAGGAGCAGGACUGCUUCCUAUCAGUGAGACUCGUUGAGCUGCAGAAGUACUGCGAUGACGUUUCUGAAAAUAGCCACUGGGCUGCAAGGACCAUAUCUGAUGCACUAAGUUUUGUGAAGAAAACCAGGUCAUGGAGGUUCUGGAUUUGCCCCUUUUGUGUUGGAAAGAAGUUACCAGAUACAGGUUCCCUCUUGCGACACAUGUGCAGCAAGCACCCAGCAGAGAAAGACCUACUGAUGCUGCAGACAGUCUUAGAUCCAAACCAAAAUCACGAUACAUCUGUGGAUGAUAAUUCUUCUGAUUAUAUAACAGUUGGUCAAGACUCUGAGGACAAUUACUUCUUCUGUUUCAAGAAGACGGAUCAGAUAUUUGAACGCUUGUUUAUUCCGCCAUCUACGGUAACUCAUACUGAGCCAUUUGCUAAAAUACGAGAGAAGAAAUGCAAAGAAGGAACCGAGAUCCUAGAAAAGAUGAAGCAGAAGUUGAAGAAUUUACCCACAGACAAAUUAAAUGGCGAGUUUGAUGAGGCUCGUUGAGAAAUCCAAGGCUUGUGGUGUGAUUUCCUUUCAACUUCUGUGUUGGAUUAUCGCGUAGUCAUGUUGCCCCUUGCAGAAUCAUUCAUAUGGACUAAACUGAUAAAAUACACAAGUGAAGAUAAAGCUUCCAGUAAGAGUAUUGACAAUUCUGAUAUUGACACCAUGUUCCCGGAUGUUGUUCAUGCCCCUGGCAGCGAAAUGGUGCGGGAAUACAUGUUGAAAUACCUGGAAGGAAACAAAAACCAUGAAUCUGGAGAUGACGAAGAAACAGAAAACAUGACGGUUGCAUUUUCUAUAUUUACUGGCUUUAUUGAACAAAUUUGCUAUGUCUUGAUUGUGGAAUAAUUCCUAUGAUAUUUAAUUGUUUGGUUUAUUGAUCUAUAUGAAUUUGAAGCACUAACACAGUAACACUUUUAAAAUUGCUUGCAACCUUCAGGCUUAGACAAGACAAUUGUGGAUGAUAAAAAAAAUGAAGAAAGUGAGGCUCUUGUUGAAGAUGGGAAUUCUGGGACCAUACUAGAUAAAAAAUCAUCAGAUCCAAUUGUUGACAUGGACGAAAUUGAUGUAUCGAAGAUAGCUGCAAGACUCGCAAAUGUGGAACUAGAUAAGAAAGGAACUUCUGGGCAAUCUGCUGGGGACAUGGCAAGCAGCUCCAGCUGUCAGCCAAGCGUUGAUAUUUACGAAAAUAACAAUGCUGAUAAAGUCCUGUUUAGCUUGCGUGUAAUCAUACAGUCAUUGUGCAAUUUGAAGAAUUUCAGAGAUAAACUUCUAACCGAGGCACUUAAAUGGAACCCAUAUAGUGAGAACCCUUGCAUUGCUGACAUACUUUGUGGAAUCUUCUUUGCUUGGGAACGAUAUGAACCAUACCCGGCAUUCGAUGUACUGACUUCUGUGAAGAACAUUCUGUGCAGACUUGCAGAUGACAGCAGUAUAUACGAAAAGGUUGGUGAAAGUUUUGCUUCCAAGACUGUCAUUACAAUUCUAAUUGAAUUGCAUAUGUUAGAAACUUCUUUGAGUUUUAGUUCCAACACUGGGAGUGAGCGAGAGGUAGUAAACCUGAUCACGAGUGGAGAUUGCAUAUGCCCAACACAUAGUCUUUUCGGGAUCAAUUUCGAUGCGCAAAUGAGCUGCAGUUGUGGGAAGUGUUCUGACAAAUAUCUAUAUAUAACACUUUUCCAUAUACUUGAUGCUGGUUCAGCUCAAACAACAAAGAUCAAGUCGUUUGCAGAGCUUCAAUAUAUAUUGGAUAAUCAAUUCUCUCAGGGCAACACCUGCAAGCAUUGUGGAACUAUAGAGAAUGUUGGUCUCUUUCUUUCAAACACGCCACAUUGCUUUACAAUAGUUUUGAACUGGGCUAGUGGCAGUGAAAGCCAGGACACACUCUCUGAAGUGUUGGCUGGUAUUACUUCUCUCCUUGACGCUGAAUUCUUUUGCAGAAGUAGUCAUUCUGCAACCAAGUAUAUUGUGGCCUCAAUGAUCUGCUAUGCUGAUGAGCGCUAUGUCUGCUUUGCUCGUGACGAGGACAAUUGGCUCAUAUACGACUCUGACACAGUCGUGACAGUAGAUACUUGGGAGCAUUUGCUAGAAAGUUUCAAGGACUGCAAGCUCCAGCCUGAAGUUCUGUUUUUUGAGGUCAUCAAGUAGAUCAAUGUAUAGCUUACAGAAUGAAGACCACUGUCAUAAGAUCAGAAUCAAAUUUGAGUUCUUUUGA